AUGAAGCGAAAUCGACCCAGCGGGUCUCAGCAACGAAAAAUUAAGAAGGCAAGAGAAAAGUCAGCUGAGGCGAUGUCUGGAUCAAUUUUAAAAUAUGUUGCACCUUCAACAUCUACCGCAGUUGGAGAAAGUGCUGAAGACAUUCAGUCUGUUGAAUCCAGAGGUGAAAUGCCUGAAGUAUCUUCUCAAGAAGCUUCAUAUGUGAAUGCGCAAGAAUUGGAGAAGAUCAUUUUAUCUUCAAGCGGUGAAAGUGAUGUAGACAAAGGAGAUGCCAGCAGAAGCCUGCAUCAGCAAGACUCUGAGGAUGAUGAAGAAGAAGGAUGUGAAUCAUUGAAAAUUACCUCUGCCAAAUAG